CUUUUUUAAUCAGUCAAAACAGUUCACCGGCGAUCAUGCUGCACCUAGUUCGCGAGAAUCUCUUCAUCGGCAACAUCACCGACGCCGUCGACGUACUCCAGAACGGCAGCGCCACCGUCACUCACAUUCUCUCCGUUCUCAGUUCCGCCUCGAUUUCCUUCUUCUCCGAAUACAAGAAGGGUCUCACCAUCCCCACCAAGGAGAUAACCAAGGUCUACGCCGGCGGCGGCGCCGCCUCCGCCUCCGAGGAUGGCUCCGGGGGUAAGCUGCUGUACUUGUUGGAAUAUGCAGGGAAGGAUUUGAAGCUGGUGAGAAUGGGGGUCCCUGUUAGGGAUAUGGAGAGUGAGAAUUUGCUGGAUUAUUUGGAGGUGUGUCUGGAUUUUAUUGAUAAGAGUAGAAAAGAGGGGUCUGUUUUGGUGCAUUGCUUUGCUGGUGUGUCUUUAAGUGCAGCUAUCAUUACAGCAUAUCUUAUGAGAACAGAACAGUUAUCGCAAGAAGAUGCGCUAGGAUCCCUGCGACAGAGCUGUGAGUUUGUUUGCCCCAAUGAUGGUUUUCUAAAUCAGCUAAAAAUGUACGAAGAUAUGGGUUUCAAGGUUGAUCAUGCCAGCCCCAUAUAUAAGUCUUUUCGCCUCAAAAUAUUGGGUGAAUCUUAUUAUCGCAGAGAUAAAAUAGACAGCUCCAAAUUUGGUGCUGAUCCUGGUUUGCCCAGUGAAGUUACCUCUCAAGUGGAAUCAUCUCCAAUCGGAGGAAAAAAUGGGACAUCUGCAUUUCGCUGCAAAAAAUGCCGAAGACUUGUUGCAGUACAGGAUAAUGUUGUGGACCACAUUCCAGGUCAGGGUGAGACAUCUUUUGAAUGGCUCAAGCGGAAAAGUAGCAACUAUAACAACUUUGAGGAUUCUGAAUGUUCAUCCAUAUUUGUUGAGCCUCUAAAAUGGAUGACAGCAGUGGAAGAAGGUGCAAUGGAGGGCAAGUUGUCCUGUGCACAUUGUGAAGCUCGUCUAGGUUACUUCAACUGGUCAGGCAUCCAAUGCAGUUGCGGGAGCUGGAUCACCCCCGCCUUUCAGCUCCAUAGAAGCCAAGUGGACAUGAGCAGCGUCUAAUAUCUCUGAAGAUAAAGCCUUUGGGAGUUGAGCCCACUUCAAAAGAUUAGUUCAAAUACCUCCAAAUGGUAGUUUAAGUGUCAGUUACUAUUUAACAAUAUAUAUAGUUUUCAAGAUAACAGCAAGCAUAGAAGAACAGGAGGUUUUAUGGUGUUUUUCGCACUGUUUGUAACUCCAAGACCAAAUUUGAGUAGCUGCAGCUCGAGAAAAUGCUGCGCUUUUCUCCGAUUCGUGUUGCAUGAAAUUUGAGUUAUCAUUGCAACAGGAACUGGUUUAAUUUCUUGACUGAUCCAAUAUUGUGCUGUCAUGUAG